AUGGCUCUCGGAUUGCCCACCACAAAACUGCCCGGCUUCCGCCCGAAGCUUGGGAAGCGCAAUCAUUCCGCUGGAUCAAGUAUAUCUAGUAUGGAAAACAGCGAGAAGAAGCCAAGAGAGAGCAACGCUGACAACGGAUCGCGAAAUGCCACCUCUGCGCAGCUCGGUAGCCAGUUGUUCAAGAUACCUUGUGAAAUACGGAAUAUCAUCUACGAUCAUGCCUUGAACAGAACAGUCCGAGACCAACAUAUAUAUCACGAAAAUGGGCGACUGUACCACGCACGAUGCGUUAUGACAGCCAAUGACGAGGAACCAGACUUCAUCCAGAAGCAGAUGGAUCGCUUGCUUGGAUCAACACCAGUUGAUGGGUUUAAUAAUGACAGGAUGAAGAUGUGGUUUUCAAGGCUCACUGGUGAAGAGUGGGAUCACAGGCAUUGGAGAUGCUACUUGCAGCGACGCGGCCCUAUUUCCAAGUUCGAAGAAACUGGAUGGAUGUCAAUGAUGCUCGCGUGCAAAAGAAUGUAUCCCGAAGUCCAGACAGCUAUUCUGGAAUUCCACAAGUUUCACAUAAACGACUUGACCUCCAUACAUCUGUUUAUGGUUCUGCGUCCUCCGCUGAUGCUGUCACAGGUCCGGCAUCUUGACCUGACGAUCAACGUGUCCUACUACGAGUACAGCCCAUUCGUGAAGGACGACCACACCUUGAGCAAUAGCCGCAUCUUGGCUAUUCAGAACGUUCUGCAUAAUCUUACAUGUAUCCACACAUUAAGAAUUUCAUUUGACACCUGCAGUCGGAGGGUCUGGAGAGAGGUCCCUGAGAAAGCUCUCCUGAAGCGCUUGGACAUGCUCCAAGUCCUAAGGGAGUUCACAGUAGAGCUGCCGCCGGAGCUAUCUGAGCGGAACAGAUCUCUUCCCAACCAGCUUGUCAAGGGUGGCGACUUCAAGAUCGUCAGGCGCCCAAUGUGGCGCUAUUGGGCAUGGCCGCCUCUGCGUGGAAACGUGCAGCGGAUCGAGUGGCUGACAUCAGAACAAGAUGGGCAGGAGUACGGGUUCAGGACUGAGGAUCAGACGAUUUGGUGCAAGAAGAACCCAUAUGCUGGCUCAGACGUCGAGGGACAUUCGGCCUCAUUAGAUUACUAG